GGGCUUCGAGUUUUGGCUCCCGGGAAAGGGUCCAUUCCUCGGGGAGAGAGGGCUGAGUUUUGUGCGCCUCCGUCCGCUGCGCGCGCCGCUCCAGGCCCCGCCGCGCCCCGCCUGCGCCCGGGACUGCGCCGCGGCACUCACUGCCCCGUUUAUUUGUCUUUGGAGCAGGCGGGCCGCGCCAGAAGCGGGCGAUCCCGCAGUGUCCUGCAGCCGCGGACGCCGCCUGGCUAGGAUGACACCACGUUGAGCGCGCCUGCAAACAACAACAACAACAACCGCGUCCGCGGCCACCGCGUCCUGCUCCUCCGAAGCGCCGCCGCCCUCGCCGCCGCUGGGGCCGCCGGUGCCGCCGCUUCCGCGCCCCCGGCCGUCCGGAGCGCCCGGCCGCUGGUGUAUGUCGCGCCUGCCCGGGACGGGCUGAAGCCGGCGGCGGGCCGGACCGCAGGCGCCGAGCAGGGCGAGCGCGGCCAGGGCAGCCGCCUGCCGCCGAGCCCCGAGCGCCGCUGCUCGCGGAAGCGCUUUCGGCCGGGAGCUGCGGCCGCCGCCAGCAGUUUUCAUGUUUGGGAUUCAGGAGAAUAUUCCGCGCGGGGGGACGACCAUGAAGGAGGAGCCGCUGGGCAGCGGCAUGAACCCGGUGCGCUCGUGGAUGCACACGGCGGGGGUGGUGGACGCCAACACGGCCGCCCAGAGCGGCGUGGGGCUGGCGCGGGCGCACUUCGAGAAGCAGCCGCCCUCCAACCUCCGGAAGUCCAAUUUCUUCCACUUCGUGCUGGCGCUCUACGACAGGCAGGGGCAGCCGGUGGAGAUCGAAAGGACCGCUUUUGUGGACUUUGUGGAGAAAGAGAAAGAGCCCAACAACGAGAAAACAAACAACGGCAUCCACUAUAAACUCCAGUUGCUGUAUAGCAAUGGAGUCAGAACGGAGCAGGAUCUGUAUGUUCGCCUCAUAGAUUCAAUGACCAAACAGGCCAUCGUGUACGAGGGCCAGGACAAGAACCCGGAGAUGUGUCGCGUGCUGCUGACCCACGAGAUAAUGUGCAGCCGGUGCUGUGACAAGAAAAGUUGUGGCAACAGAAACGAAACACCCUCAGACCCUGUAAUCAUUGACAGAUUCUUUCUAAAGUUUUUCCUCAAGUGCAAUCAGAACUGUUUGAAGAAUGCAGGCAACCCUCGAGAUAUGCGGAGAUUCCAGGUUGUUGUGUCGACAACAGUCAACGUGGACGGCCACGUGCUGGCCGUGUCUGACAACAUGUUUGUGCACAACAAUUCCAAACACGGGCGGCGGGCCCGCCGCCUAGACCCGUCAGAAGGUACGGCCCCUUCUUAUCUGGAAAAUGCCACUCCGUGCAUCAAGGCCAUCAGCCCCAGCGAAGGCUGGACCACGGGGGGAGCCACCGUGAUCAUAAUUGGAGACAACUUCUUUGACGGCCUGCAAGUCGUGUUCGGAACCAUGUUGGUGUGGAGCGAGCUCAUCACUCCCCAUGCCAUCCGGGUGCAGACCCCGCCGCGGCACAUUCCUGGAGUCGUUGAAGUCACCCUCUCCUACAAAUCCAAGCAGUUCUGUAAAGGUGCUCCUGGGCGGUUUGUCUACACUGCCCUUAAUGAACCAACCAUAGAUUACGGCUUUCAGAGGUUGCAGAAAGUGAUCCCAAGACAUCCGGGUGAUCCCGAAAGGUUACCCAAGGAAGUAUUACUCAAGAGGGCGGCCGAUCUGGUGGAAGCCUUAUACGGGAUGCCCCACAACAACCAGGAGAUCAUCCUGAAGCGAGCAGCUGACAUUGCCGAGGCCUUGUACAGCGUGCCCCGCAACCACAACCAGAUCCCCACCCUGGGCAACACCCCCGCGCACACGGGCAUGAUGGGCGUGAACUCCUUCAGCAGCCAGCUAGCCGUCAACGUGUCAGAGACCUCACAGGCCAACGACCAAGUCGGCUACAGUCGCAAUACAAGCAGCGUGUCCCCGCGAGGCUACGUCCCCAGCAGUACUCCCCAGCAGUCCAAUUACAACACAGUCAGCACUAGCAUGAAUGGAUAUGGAAGUGGCGCCAUGGCCAAUCUAGGGGUCCCGGGCUCGCCUGGAUUUCUUAAUGGCUCUUCCGCCAACUCUCCCUACGGCAUAGUACCGUCCAGCCCCACCAUGGCAGCCUCUUCGGUCACCCUCCCUUCAAACUGUAGCGGCACACACAGCAUUUUCUCAUUCUCACCUGCCAAUGUCAUCUCUGCAGUGAAACAAAAGAGCGCCUUCGCGCCCGUGGUCCGGCCCCAAGCUUCUCCUCCUCCCUCCUGCACCAGCGCCAACGGGAACGGACUCCAAGGCUCUCUGCUGGGUGCUGAGGACGUUACCGUGGAGAAGACAAACUGGCCCUUUUGUGAAGUCGGUGGCAUAUUUCACUUUGAUGAACUAAUGCUCAAAAAAGGAACUGGAAAGCUAUGUCUGGGCUGGUAGUCCCGCCGAUGUGAGGGGCUCGCCUUUCCGCCCGCAGCACCCAGCACCAAGGACGGACUUCAGGGGACACGUUUAGUAUAUAUGAGCUGCUGCUGAAGCCAUUGUCUGCAAGCGCAUCGGCCGCGGUGGAGAUGCUACAAGAGACUUUGUUUAAAGAUUUUAUUUAAACUAUUAAGAAUCAACAUGCAAACAGCCUACUUCUUCAUGAACAAUUCCAUUUUAUUGACUGAACUUUUCUCAUAUUUUCACAUUUCUCAGUCCUGAAGACUAAGGAAAACAAAGCGACGCCUAUUUUGUAUAAAGUUUCUGACUCCGUCUUCGCUGUCUAGUAUUGCUAUGUGUUGGGAGAAACUUUGUGAAUGCACCAUUUCGAUUAUCAUGAAACACUGAUGAAAAAUGCCUCCAAACAUUUUUCUGUGCUCAUACUUAGAUUCACAAUGGUUGUGUAUCUCUAUAAUGUGAAAUAUUUUUUUGUGGUGAAAAAAAAAAGGGGCCAAGGAGGUGUGAGCCAUCGAACUGGAAGAAAGGAGGACUACGUCACUAGAAUUCGGGGCGGCAGGGAGGGCGGGAGGGUUGAUCAUUGCUUAACUUCAUCUUAAUGAAAUUAAACUUUGUAACUUAUUGUAGUUAGAAAUUGUAACUUUGAUAUUGAAUUCUCUUGCCUUCAACAAGCACACUGACAGAAAAAAAAAUAUGCUACUGUCUGUUGGUUAAAAUAUUCUCCCACUGCUAGAGCUUCCUGUUAAGCGAGUGUGAUCUGCAACAUUUUUUCAACUUUUGCUAGCACUGUAUACUAUUGCAUUCUUAGGCUACUGUGAGGUCCAUGUUUCUUGUACCAGAAAUUGUCCUUUUGACUUCUAGCUCCUUCUUCCCUAAUGUGUUUUGUAUGUGGUUAUAAAAUUGUAGACUUUUGUGAUUUUGCCAAAGUUGUAGCUAAAUAUUUAUACACUUGUCUUGAAUUUUUUUCAGAUCCACUUAAAUAUUUAGAAAAAAAAAAACACGUUUUCUUCCUUAUGUGUCUCAUAAGGAAUAAAAUGGUCUCCAUUCAACACUUUUCCAUGAACACUUACAGUUGCUAAGGGACUUUCUUUUGUAACAUAUCGAUUAUAAAUAUUGUAUUUAUCUUUGAAAUUUUGUACAUUGCUUUUCCUGCCAUUUCCUUUUUCUUGUCUGUAUUGGUUUUUGAUCGUGGCCUGGUGUUGGGAAGAGCAUUAAGCCAAGAGCUGUCUCUCUGCCCUGUUUUGUUAAAGUGAACCGGUGUCCUUGCAUUUCAUUUGUACUUCAAAGAUUUGCUUUUGUUUAGACUUUCCAUCCUUUUUUUUCCUUUUUUUUAUUUUGAGGAAAAGUCAAAUUCAUUGUUUAUUUUUAUAUUAUUUUUAAGUUAUCUGAACAAAUACUUUUGAAAAAAAGUUCGUUGUAUAGUCAAAACAAAACGGUGCCACUCGGCUGUGACAAAUCCUAGUAGAUUCUGUGCAUGUGGAACAGCAACGAAGAGCGGACACCGUUUGGGGCUGUGUCCUUAUUUUAUUUUUCUGUAGAAUGUAAAAAGUCAUUUUAGCUGCCACCCAUGACUUUGCCACAUAGCUGAACUGUGUUUACUGGAAAAAUUCAGAGGCCUAAAGUUUAAAAUAAAAUUUACUUCUGAUGUUUUAAUUAAAAUGUUUGCCACAUUAACUUCUCUGAUGCCUUAAAAGUGGACUUCUUUAAAGAACCUUUGUGCUAUUUUAUCACAGGCUCACGACACAAUUGUUAAUCGAUAUUUCAUUUGGAGAUUUACGGUGUCACACACACACACACACACACACACACACACACACACACACAAAAGCACAAACCUGGUGUUCCAUGUGUCGCUCCUUUCUGCGUCUGAUUCUGCUGCGUUGUGUGUCCUUCUGGGCCCACCUAGGAUCCAGAGAGGUUUCAGGGAGAACCAAAAUCACUGCUGGCUUUUAACUUUUUUUUUUUAAACAGUGCUUUUUUUGUGGUCAGACCCAACAGCACCGUCUAUACUUUCUAAACCGGGAUGACCUCCUUCAGGUACCGUGCCUGUUCGUGCCAAACCCACAGUGAGACCAGGAGGGUCAGUCUUUCCCCUUUGUGUUAAAUGCUUCGCAGACACAGCACAGCAAAUGUUUUGCAAAUUGCAGCAGAAAUCAGAUUUAAAUCAAAAAGGAGGGACUUUAAAAAACUUUCUUGACAAAAAAGAAAAAAAAAACCACAAAAAACAAAACCAUGCACAACUUAGGAAAGUGUUCAUUCAAGGGACUAAAUGAAAGAAGCAGAAUGUUCCCGGCGGUCAGGCGGGUCGCAGUCCGGCCCUUUGACUGCUAAGGCUUAGCUACGUGGGAAAGCCUGAGAAGUCACUUUGGAACUAAAUUGCCUCCGUUUUAUUUUGUAUAAGUAAGGAUUUGAUCUAAAAACAAGCUCACGUGUACAUGUUAAGAACGUUUGCAAGUUUCCUCAUCCCUGCACUCGGUUUGUGUUUUAGAUUAAUUAGUCAAUGCCCCUCAUCACUUCAUUGUCUCAAAAUUGAGCGCUUCACUAAAUGGUAGAUUUUACUGUUAAAGACCCUACAAUAAGAUUGUUUUAUCUGUACAUUUUUUCAGAUAUUUAACUGUAUAAAAAUGUUCAUUUUACACAAUAUUUAAUUAAAGUAUUUCUUGUCUGUGAA